AUGGAGUGGCCGUGGCUUUUUCUCUACCUCUCUCUACACAUCACAGGUUGCCAGAAACCCCCACCUAUAUUUCAGACUCCACCACAUAUUAUAGCCCCGAACAACAGUACGAUGGAAUUGGCCUGUGCAUUGAAAAAUGACCAGCUUACCCAAUCAGGGAUCUAUUGGUACCGAUGGAGCAAGGAGAGCCAAGACUUCCAGUAUGUACUAUUUUCAAGUGUUUUUCAGAAACGCACCAUCAGCAACAACAUCGACAAAGACAGGUUUGAUGUGAGUAAAGCAAGCUCUGGGAACUCAUACACUCUGAAGAUCAGCAAGCUUCAGCGUUUGGACGCCGGCACAUAUUACUGCGCUGUCUCCCAUUCCUCGGAGCUGCUCUUUGGCAAUGGAACGGAGCUUAGCGUGGUCGACUUUUUGCCUUCCACUGAAAAACCUACAGAGAAAACGCUGCCCCCAACGAAACCUUUGAGGUGCAAAACCUCCAACAUAACUCCUGCUAAAAUGAAAGGUUCUUCCUGCAGCGGCUUCAUCUGGGCCCCAUUAGUGGCAUGUGCUGUUAUUUUACUGCUGUCUCUGGUUGUUGCCAUCCGUCGCUUUCAGCGCCUGCGCAGGAGACUGCGGCUUCACUUCAAGAAACAGUAA